AUUUUAUUUAGGUAUUAAUUAGUUCUAGUACCGACUAUAUUGAUGAUGGUGGCGUGGCUAGAGCAUUGUGCCCUGUUCUUGCAAGGCCUGACCUGCUCCGUGUUCUUUGCGCUCCGUGCUGGUGCUACGUCGAUCCAGCAAGCAUACCUCACUCAUUGAUUUACAUGACAAGAGUAGUAGUAAAGGAACCUUUGAUCCCAACACUUUAAGUAAUGAACAAAUCCGAAUACCUGGAUUUGAUUACGAGUCCCAGAAGUACACCAUUGAAUUUGACCCAUGGAGACGCUCGUUCCACCUGGCUUUCCUUUUUCCCAACUACCGACGGUUCCAGGGUAAGCAGAUCUUCCCGGAGCACGACCGAUCAAGCAAUAGUUCGGGACACAGAUGUCCAGCAUUGGCAGCCGGCAAUAGACCUGGUCAGGGCCAAUAGAGGCCGUUUGUGCAAUCGCAUCCUCGAGCAUGUUCAUAUCAAACGUGCGGUCAUCAGGGCCGAGGCUGGUUGUAAGGAAGCAUCGAGCGAGUGCCCAGGUCCCUUGAUCCGAAUGUCGCAACGCCGGCCGUUGUCUGCGGCCAGAACGCAGCAAUGCCGACACUCGUUCGGUCGGCAUCGCGCAAAGGGGUGCGGGAGCGGACCGAAGACAGGUGUGCCCAUAGCCGGCUGGAUUUCAAUUCGCUCCGUUUAGCCUCCAUCUUUCCGCCUCUUAAGACUCGUGUACCGUACUCGCUGCGGUCUGCAGCCAGCCAUGGCAUCUCUUCCCCUGGCGUCCGGCGCCGAGGUCCAAGGUGUGGAUUCGGGCCCAAAAACAGAACAUCCGCGCCUUA